AUGACCAACGGAAUGCAAGUUCUCCCGACAUGGCAGGAUCGAUUUGGACAUCCCCGAGGCUCAACCCUGGGCUUGUUCGGUGCAUCGAGCGCCAUUGGCGGCGUUAUUCCAUUCAUAUGCCUUGGCUGGAUCAGCGAUAGAUGCGGACGCCGGGUUCCGACUGCACUCGGCUCAAUUGUCAUCAUCGCAGGUGUCCUGGUAGAAUUCUUCGCUACGUCGCUUGACAUGUAUAUCGGAGGCAAGAUUGUGCUAGGUUUUGGCUCUUCGCUGAUCCAGAUGGGCGCCCCAGUGCUGGUGACGGAAUUGAGCCAUCCGAAGGAACGAGUUCAAAUCACCACUUUUUACAAUACGUCAAUCGUGCUGGGAUACGUCAUUGGCGCAUGGGCGACUUAUGGCUGCUUCCGUAUCCCAGGACCAUGGUCAUGGAGACUACCGACGCUGAUCCAAAUUAUCCCCUCGACCUACCAGCUCAGUCUCAUCUUCUUUUGUCCGGAAUCGCCUCGAUGGCUGAUUGCCAAGGGUCGGAUGAGGGAGGCGCGCGAGAUUCUGGUCAAAUACCAUGGCGAAUGCGACCCAACCGCCGAGGUCGUCAGUGUUGAAUGCGCAGAGAUUGAACGGGUCCUUGCCAAGGAAGCACAACAGAACAUGACAUGGGUGGCCUUUUUCUCAUCAAUACCCAAUUUGAAAAGGCUAUCACUAUGCUUCGCAACCGCCGUCUUCAGCCAGAGCUCGGGAAAUCUGCUCGUAUCAAACUAUCUGACACAAAUCCUAAAAGACACUGGAGUCACGUCUGAAAAGGAUAUCACUCUUGUCAACGGCAUGGUGACACUCUGGCAGUACAUCGUGGCGCUCGCCGUUACAGUCUGUAUCAACAAGUUUAAACGACGCACUUUCUUUCUAAUCGGCUCUGGGGGUGUCUCGCUCACUUUUAUUGCUUGGACGAUUGGGGCCGAGGAAUAUCUUGAGCACGGUUCUCUCGCUGCUGGCCGGCUGGUCCUUGCAUGCAUCUUCAUCUUCCAGGCGUUCUACACUAUGGCCUGGACUAAUCUGGUGGUAACAUACCCCCUGGAGGUAGUUACAUACCAAAUGCGGGCCAAGACGUGGGCUUUUGUCCUGCUUACAAUCCAGGUGGCCACCAUCUUUGGGAACUACGUGAAUCCGAUUGCGUUGCAAAACAUUGGGUGGAAGAUUUACAUUUAUUAUUGCAUCUGGGUGGCGUUUAUCUUCAUCAUUGUAUACUUCUUCUUCGUCGAAACCUCGGGACCGACAUUGGAAGAGCUGGCAUAUCUUUUCGACGGAGACGAGAAGAAGAAGCGACUAUCAGUCGAAACACGACGGCAGAAAGACGUGGAGAUUCGCACGCAAACGGAAUCGGUUUCCGGUGCGUCUGUAUAA